AUGACCAGGUGUCUCUGUGCUAAGGACCCACACAAUGGAACAGGGGUUGUGGAAUUCCUUCUCCUGGGACUCUCAGAUAAUCCUCAAGUUCAGCCUCUUCUCUUCUGCCUCUUCCUGUCCAUGUACCUUGUCACCAUCACUGGAAACCUGCUCAUCAUCCUGGCUGUCAGCUCAGACUCCCACCUGCAUACCCCCAUGUACUUCUUCCUCUCUGUCCUGUCCCUGAGUGAUGUCGGUUUUACUUCCACCACAGUUCCAAAGGUGAUUUGGGACAUCCACACAAAGAGCAAAAUCAUCUCUUAUGCAGGCUGCCUGGUGCAAUUGUCUCUCUUUAGCCUUUUUGCUUUUUUGGACAGUGUUAUUCUCACAGUGAUGGCUUAUGAUAGGUUUGUGGCCAUUUGUCACCCCCUACAUUACACAGUCAUCAUGAACCCCCGCCUCUGUGGCCUGCUGUUUCUGACAUCUUUUUCCUUCUGCUUCUUGAAUGCACAACUGCAUUGGGCGAUUCUUCUACCACUUACCUUUUGCAAUCAUGUGGAAGUUCCUCAUUUUUUCUGUGACCUGCCUCAACUCAUCAUACUUGCCUGUGGGGAUACCUCCAUCAAUAACAUAUUAAUGUAUUUUAUCAGUGCUGUCCUUGGUGCUGUGCCAAUCUCAGGGAUUCUUUUCUCUUACAUGAGAAUUGUCUGUUCCAUUUUGAGGAUCUCAUCCACAGGUGGGAGGUACAAAGCCUUUUCCACCUGUGGCUCUCACCUGUGUGUUGUCUGCUUAUUUUAUGGAACAGGACUUGGGGUAUACCUCAGUUCAGUUAUUUUCCAUUCUUCCAAGAAUGUUGCUGUGACCUCAGUGGUGUAUGCAAUGGUUGUCCCCAUGCUGAACCCCUUCAUCUAUAGCCUGAGAAACAAGGAUAUUAAGAGAGCCUUCCAGAAGAUUUUCAGUAAACCCCUAUAG